GUAACAGAGCAGGUAAAGGCGAACUUCUGCUGAACAGUACCUGGAACAGUUACCAAUGGGAGAUUGUAGCAACAGCAAACUCUUACCAAUGUGCGACUCCGGCGAGGCUCCGUUCGACGCACGGCGGUACUCUAAGCUUGUUCAUGAUAAUGUACAUGGCAACAUUUAUCUCGAUAAGCAAGCUCUGAAUUUCAUCGACACUGAACAAUUUCAGAGGCUUCGUGAAUUGAAGCAGCUAGGUCUUGCAUACAUGGUUUAUCCUGGGGCUGUGCACUCUCGGUUUGAGCAUUCCCUAGGGGUCUAUUGGCUGGCCAGUGACGCUGUACAUAGACUUAAGACAUAUCAAGGACAGGAGCUUGGUAUUGAAUCUUUUGAUGUACAGACCGUGAAACUUGCUGGAUUACUACAUGAUGUGGGUCAUGGGCCAUUCAGUCACUUGUUUGAGCGUGAAUUUCUUCCUCGGGUUCGCGGCGGCAUUAAAUGGUCCCAUGAGGAUAUGUCUUUGAAGAUGAUAGACUACAUUGUUGAUGAGAAUAGCAUUGAUAUUGAUUCUGGCACUUUGAAGAAAGUAAAGGAAAUGAUAGUUGCUUCUGAGGCAGGUAAAUCAGUGAGCUCAAAAGAGAAGCAGUUCUUGUAUGAUAUUGUUGCUAAUGGACGGAACGGAAUAGAUGUUGACAAAUUUGAUUACAUAGAGCGUGACACCAGAGCUUGUGGUCUUAGGUGCAAUUUUCAGUUCCAGAGGCUAAUGGAAACAAUGCGUGUUAUAGACAAUGAAAUAUGUUACAGGGCAAAGGAAUAUCUUACGAUCCACAAGCUAUUUUCCACUCGUGCUGAUUUGCAUCGUACAGUCUAUACGCAUCCAAAAAUGAAGGCAAUAGAGUUCAUGGUCGUGGAUGCUUUGAUAAAAGCAAAUGACCAUCUUGAAAUUGAUUCAUACAUUGAUGAACCAGCAAAGUACUGGAUGUUAGAUGAUACAAUUGUCAAAACAAUUGAAGCUUCUACCCACCAAGAUCUAGAGGAAUCCAGAAAUCUGAUUCGUCGAAUUCGAAGGAGGGACAUAUACCAGUACUGUAAUGAGUUUACUGUGCCCAAGGAGAAUCUGGAGCACUUCAAAAAUGUAACGGCUCAAGACAUAAUUUGUUCCCAGAAUUCUGAUGCUCAUUUGAAUGAGGAAGAUGUUAUUGUUACGAAUAUCAAAAUUGAUUUGGCUAGUGGAAGGAACAAUCCAUUGGAAAGGGUCAGCUUCUUCCAGGAUUAUGAUAGUUUUGAGAAAUUUCAUAUAAAGGAAGAUUGCGUCAGUCAGUUAUUGCCUACUUGUUACCAGGAUUUGAUCGUUAGAGUUUAUGCCAGAGAUCCUAAACUGGUAGAUGCUGUUACUAAUGCAUUUGAGAUUUUUCAGACGAAGACUUAUGGGAAGAAAACGCAAGUGCAUGGAAUUUCCGAAAAAAAGAGACGCUUGAAGUACAAUGAUAAUUGAAUUCUAUAUAUCCUGCUUCUACGAGCCAGGUGUAUAUUUUGUAUAGAUUCUCAGUUUUAUUUAGCUAUUAAAGAAUAGAAAAUUCAUUUUUUGUGUAAAGCAUUUUUCUUUCAUAACAAGCAUGUUUAUUGGUACUAA